AGCCCUGGUAGCCAAAACCGGUGGUGAUCCUUCCCCGUGUCUUCUCAAGGGGUCUCCACUAUGAUUGAUAUAGUUCUUUGUCUUCGUCCUAACGACUUCUCUCUUUUGCCGUCCAACACACCCAAUACAGGUGUGUGUUUGCAACAAACUUCCCAGUGGAUCGAAUCAAUGGCUCCUUCCCACAGCUCAUAAGGGUGUUAUCGGAGAUCCUCAAACCCUAUUCAGAGGAACAGAGACGGAGAUUCUUUUGUGUGGAAAUGCAAGAAUAUUCUAUCGCCUGUAGGAUGCCCCACAGAGAGCUCUUUACAGAGAAUUGAAUUUUUUGUUAGACACACACACACUGUUAGUUACACCGCCACAGCGGAAUUGGUUGUACUAGGAAAUUUGAAGUGUGCAGGAAUGAUGCCCAUAAUAAUACGCUUCGGUAAUAUAGUGUAUUCCGCGAAUAUGCAAGCGCGCAACUGAAGUCCGAGCGCUAAGUGGGGGUAUAAAAGAAGUGAAAACUGGGUACUCGGAGAGUUGUUUCGCUCUUUUUUCUAACACUGAACCGAGAGAUAGACCCACAGCGUUAGCUAUGCCUUCAGACGACUUCUUCGGAUUUUCCGUGCUGAUAGCCGGCCGACCCGUCCCCGAGUAUGCCAAGGACGGGCGCGUGUACGUCGAGAGCAACCUCUACGCGCCGUUCAGCUACAGGCAGAAGACGGAGCAGCUCGUGAACGGGGAGAUGGAGAUCGAGAGCGCUCCAGUCACGCCGUACCAGGUCCAGAUACGCCUAGCGUCGCACUGCGAAGACUCGGCCGUUUUCGUCUACGUUGACGGCGUCCUUGCCUCCAAAUUCAUGAUGGAGCAAGCCCAGUCCAAAAUCAUCACUGGGUUUGUGGACAAGGAAGGCACCAGGGAAUUUCUCUUUUCUCUUCCUCGUUUUGCUGCUGACGAGACUGAUCGUAUAAGCAGCAAGCGGGAAUCCAGGAUUGGCUCAAUCCAAGUCAUCCGCUGCGAGGCCAGCUACGUUAAACAGGAGUACAGAAAAACACAGACACUGUUUUCAACCAGAGCGACAAAAAAGAUGUCUUACCGAGUCACGGAGUGGAAAUAUACCAUGUCCACCACAAGAAGGGAAAGUUGAUCCACCAGGUCAAACCUACGAUGUCAGUUGAAGAACUGUGGAGGAUCGGGAGGGAGUGUGGACGGCUAACAGUCCACUACCGCAUGGGCCACACUCUCGAGGGAAUGGGCGUCGAGCUCAGACCGACAGACUGGACCAAGAUCGUCAGCCGGAAAUCUUCCAAGGAGCGGUCGUCAUCUUCAAGCAGUGUGGAACUCCAGGGGAGCCCGCAGCCCAGAGUCCAGAAACCAGUCCACCACCACCACCGACAGUCAGACUCUCAGAACAACCAGCAGAGAGCAUAAACACUAGUAACAGACAUCACUCCAGUCCUUCUGUCCAGACCACGCCCCCUCCGUCACUUUCCCCUCAGCCCAUCUUCCACCAGCCAACCAUCUUUGUUGCUCAGAACACUGCAGGUGGCCUCAUCUACUUCCCCUCCAUCAUAUUGCCUGUCAAAUCAGAGCCAGAGGACCCAGCAAUAGACAUAGCAUCUAUACAAAAAUGUCCGUAAAUAUUUAUCAAACACUCUGUUUGUUAUUAUUAUGUGUUUGUGUAUCGCAAUACAGGCAAUCUCUCACCUUCUGUCACAAUUCUUUCUGAGAAAUAAGCAUCACUUUUUUCAUAACAAAUCUGAGAUUCAUGAUAAAUCCAGCUCUUCCUAUUUCUUGGCAAAGCUGGCUCCAGUUAGUGGGCUCCUGGCCUUUCUUGGAGCCACUAAUCAGUUCUGGGUUAGAGGUAUACUCAAGUUUCCUGCUAAUUGUAGGUCUCUGUGAGGGGACAUUCCUAGAAUCUGAUCUGAAUUUCUCUUCAGUUGAAGCACCAUACUAACAGGGUAGGCUACAUAUCUACUGACUCUAGCCUGUAGGAGAGCCUCAAUAUAGAUGUCUCAGAAUUAGUGAAUUCAGCCAGCUAUAGCUAGCACACUCUUUUCCUUGGAUGCACCCGCCCACUUUGAAAGAGCCAUAAUAUAGUGACUCAACAAAAAAACUAGCUACUGCCUUUCACUUUCGGUUUUAUGUUUACCAUUGCAUAGAGUUUUGAGAAUUACUCAUGCAUGUCUGUGAUAAGGGGACGAUAGAUAGCUACAACCAAAAUUCAUUCUCGUCUCUACAUUUUCCCAUGUCUGUUAAGUGGACCAUGCAAAGCCCACGUCUCAGCCCAUGUAGUUGAGCUGCUGUUUAACAUGCACCGUCCACUUACUCCCAGGAAACACUAAAAGUAGAUAAGAGCUCCUCCCACCUACAGCAGUGCGCGUGCAUGCAUGCCCCCGACAAGCGCCGCCUGGACACUGAGCUACAUCUCUCCAUGUCCGCCUUUAAAUAGACGGAGCAAUCGUACACUGGAAACGUACCGCACCAGGUACACAGCUGGCCAACCGCAUCACCGGCCACUUACGAAACUCCCCAGCGCGUUCGUUCUGGGUAUUGCAAGGCGGUUCCGACACGACACUGGAAAAGACGCCUUCCACUGAACAAGCCAAAAUAGAUCAAAUGCUAAGACUGCAGCGAUUCCAG